AUGCAGGCGCGAAACCUACAUGCUGGCUCGUCUCACCGUCUCAAGCUUCUCGAGGAGGCCCGCGAGCAUUACAACUUGGCUUCUCAAGAAUCCAAGGCUGCCGAUGAACAACCUCUGCAGACUAUCUUACGGCCCGCGUCGCCUUCUUCCGGCCUCCCCUCGCCCAUCGAAUCCUGUCUCUCACACGAGUCCGCUUCCACAAGAAUGUCGUCUCCCACGCCUUCGGCAAUCUCCAAUAAGCAGACUCCCAUCAAAAGGAAGAAAAAAGUUGCUUUUGCUGACGAGCUGGAAUAUUGUCCUGGCGUUCGGCCAGAUUCGCCAACUCUCGGCUUCUCAGAUCCAGGCAGUGGACGCUCAUCACCGUGUCACGACAUCCCUCUUGAUCCUCUACCACCUUCUGUACAAAGCAUGCCUGAUACCUGUCCAAUGUUCUCCCCGCCGUCAAGUGUAAACGGAGACGAGACUCCGCAGGAGAUACCCGAUGAAGAGCUUCCCAAGUCAGAAGCACGAGAAUCCCUCGAGAGUUACUGCACAAUCUUGUCCAGUAUCCAGCGCCAAAUAUCAUCUCAUAUCGUUGCUAUUGACAAAGAGAUUGCAAUUGCUCUGACGUCCAAAUCAUGCGUGCCAGCCGAUGAGGAGAUGCGCGCCCUGGAACUUCGCUCUCGGAUCGAGAGACUGCGCGCUAAUGGCUGGCAACGCAAGCGUUUCGAUGUGAAGCGCUACGAGGAGUUUCGCGAGCAAGUAACGGCCGACAUGGUCAUUUGA